AUGCCGGCCGCCGUCGAUGACCCGGCCAGCCCCACAAUCCAUCGGGUCUCCGGCCAGCCGCCGUUUCCGGACCCGAACAACCCGAUUCUGCCGCCGGACAUUGUGCCUCGCCAGGUGACGCUGAGGGACCGCCAGACCGUGGCGACGAUUGUGCCCUUUGCAUCGCGCCAUCAGAUCCCCGUGUCGCUGGUCGUCUAUCUGUGUGCGCAGAUCAACAAGGAGAUUGAUGGCGGCGACACGUACCCUCUGAUGGACCCCUUCAGCGCCGAUGGCUUUGCCGACUUCUGGUUCCAGAACUUUGGCGCCGUCAUGCUGCUGGGCAACAUCGAGAGCGCCGACCAGCUGCUGGACGGCAAGGACUGGGCCAAGGAGUGCCUGGGCAGCUUCUACAUCCGGCCCAACUAUCCCGGCCGCAGCAGCCAUGUGUGCAACGGCGGCUUCCUCGUCACCGACGCGUCCAGAAACCGCGGCGCCGGCCGCCUGAUGGGCGAGGCAUAUAUCGACUGGGCGCCGCGGCUGGGCUACACGUACAGCGUCUUCAACCUGGUCUACGAGACCAACGUGGCGUCGUGCAAGAUCUGGGAUGCGCUGGGCUUCAAGCGCAUCGGCCGCGUCAAGGGCUGCGGAAACCUCAAGAGCUAUCCCGACCGCUUCAUCGACGCCAUCAUCUACGGCCGGGACCUGGCCCCUGGCGAGACCGAGGAGCUGGUGAGCGAGGAGCGUUUCGACAAGAUCAAGUACUACCUCAAGUACGGCAAGUAUCCCAACGGCGCGGACCGCGCCGAGAAGAGCCGCCUGCGCAGCGCCGCCACGCACUACAAGCUGCUGGACGGCGACAAGCUCAUGCUCAAGGACAAGGAGGUCAUCUCGGACCCGGCGCGGCAGUAUGAGAUUGCCCGCAACGUGCACGUCAUGCACCACGGAGGCAUCAACAAGACGACGGCCACCAUUGCCGAAAAGUACCACUGGAGCCGCAUCAAGGAGACGGUCAGCGACGUCAUCCGCGCCUGUGCCGAGUGCAAGGAGCUGGGCAAGACGCCGAACCCGGGCGGCACCAAGAAGACGGUCGCGUCUACCACCCCCAGCCCGAGCGCGUACGCAAACCCCAGCGACAUCUCCGUCAUUCCACCCUCGCAGACGUUCCAGCCCGCCCAGGCCCUCCAUCACCACCAACAGCAGCAGCACCAACAACAUCACCACCACGGCCUGCCGCCAGACGCCCAUCACCACCACCACUUACAGGCCCUGCACCACCACCAGGUCACCCACCAGCAGCCGUCGCUCCACCACCCCCAUCACCAAACCCACCACCACCACAACCCAAUGCUGCAAGACCAGCCCAACCAGCACGAGCCGCACGUCUACCAGCCGAUCGACCCCCAGAUCAUCAACCACCACCACCACCACCCGCAGCCCCAUCACGACAUGGCCUUUGAGCACUACCACCCGCACCCGGACUUUCAGGCUCUCCUUAGCGCAACAGAAGACGUGCCCACACAGCCUGACGACACCGUCCCGCCCUCUGUCGACACGGACCUGGAAAUGCUCAUCGAGCACGACGCAGUAGACGACGACGUCGAUGAUGUCGGUCCCAACGACCACACAAACCACGUC